GAAAAAUGGUGACUAACAAUUUGUUCAAAAUAUUUCAAUUUAACUCGACAAGUUGGAUCACAGCCGGUUUAAUCCAUAUCCAAUUGCCCAAUAGUGUUUCUAUCCCAUGUUUGAUCAAUGAUAAAAUAUUCGCCAAUCGCCAAGAAGAUGAUAAAGGGGAGUUGUAACGCAGUUUUGUUCUGCCGACGUGGCAUAUUCCAGCCCAAUAGCCGAAAAUCACUUGGUCCUACCUAUAGAUUUCCGUGAGAAAAGAAAAUUUACAAACGAUUAGCUCAUGAACAAGAUUGUACUUGGUGCAGAACGUGAAAAUGGCUAGCGCGGCCACGUCGUCUUCUGCUACUGCAAAUGCUUUCGCUAAAUUCCGUCCGCCAUUUUCCUCGGCGGCGCAAUUACCGCCGACACUUUCGCUUCCCCGUCGCCGAUCAACCUCCGCCGCCCGUCGUAUCUGUGCUUCCGCAUCGGCGGUGACUCCGGUGCCAACCAAGCCGGAUGAUUUGGUGGAAGACAUUAUCUCCAAGGUUGUGCAAACAGAUCGGGGGGUUCUACUAAAAAGUGAAGAACACCUAAAGGUUGCUGAAUUGGCAGAAGAGUUGCAAAGAUUUUGCGUUGAUGAGCCCGUGAAGUGCCCUCUUAUAUUUGGAGAGUGGGAUGUGUUGUAUUGCUCGAAUCCCACAUCGCCAGGUGGCGGCUACCGAAGUGCAGUUGGCCGACUCGUGUUCAAAACAAAGGAAAUGAUGCAGGCUGUUGAAGCCCCAGAUAUAGUGAGAAAUCGGGUGUCGUUUUCCCUUCUUGGUUUCUUAGAUGGAGAGAUGAAAAAUGGAUACAAAGUGGUGUUUGAGCCACCUGAACUAAAGGUUGGUGGAUUGCAGUUGAAAUAUGGAGGGGAGAGUGAAGUAAAACUCCAAAUCACAUACAUAGACAAGAAGAUCAGACUUGGAAAGGGCUCUAGAGGUUCUCUGUUUGUCUUCCAAAGAUGCAAAGCGUAG